UCACAGCUGGACCGUCGCAACCGCAUGAGAUCCGCCUUCGUUGCUACGGACUCGCGUCUCUGCUUCUCAACAUGGACUUGCCUGAACCCAUACGGCGACGGCUUGGAGAUUUCUCCAGAACCGUGUUUGUGGACCAAAGCCGAACACAACCCUCUCCCGAAGAACACGCUAAUUUCCUUAACCAGUAUAAGGAUGUAGUAUCGAGUCUGCCUCUUCAGAUGUCGCUUUACUUUAACAUGUGGUUCUUUCCCUUCUGGUGGAUCAGUGAGGUUGUGAUGCUACAACUAAAGUACCCAGCCCUUGCAGAUUAUUACAAGUUCAUCCUGAUCACAAUUCUUAUUUUAAUGACUCUGAUUGAGGCCAUCAGACUCUACCUGGGCAACGUUGGAAAUCUACAAGAAAAGGUUCCAGAAUUAGCUGGAUUUUGGCUCCUGACUCUUCUACUCCAGUGUCCUCUGAUUCUGUUCCAGCUUUUCAAUGAGGCUGUUCUCAUUCAACCUCUGGAGAGAGGAGUUCAUAUAAUACUGGCCUUAUUUAUUUUUGCAGAGGCUCUUUUUGGAUUUGUUGCCUUGCGUGCAAUGGUCAGACACACCGAAAGUCGCUUCCAUUUGAGACAGUUUGAUGGGAUUCACGAAUUAAGAACAUGACGAGACCUGCACUGAUGAACUUGAUUAAAUAUCAAUCAACAAAAGACAAAAAAAAAAGACUACAAAGAUGGCAGUGGCAACCACUAGAGGACAAUGUCAGUAAUUGAGCUGGAUUGUUACUGCAUGCGGAUGUCUUGGUGCCUUAUUUUAUACAAACAAAUCUUGCCUUGUUUUAUAUUUUGUAUGUGGGCCAAAAAAAACCAAACAUUUAAGACAGACAGAACACACCCCAGUGCUAUAAACCACUAAAUUGUAUUAUUUAUUGAUGCUGAAUUUAACAAAAUUAUAAAUUUAAUUUAAAAAUCAGCUUCAUUAGAA